AUGAAUACUACAAUGACAAAUUUCGAUUAUAUUUCUAAUAAUCGUUUCGUUCAAAUAGCUGCGCGAAGUGAAGAAUUUAUUUUACCAUGUUUAUUAUUGAUUGGAACUACAUGUAAUACAUUAACAUUUGUUGUUAUGAGACGCGGUCGUAUGCGGCAUUCAUCAUCAUGUUUCUAUAUGGCUGCAUUGGCUAUCGCCGAUACAUUUGUUCUAUGGAUUGGUUGUUUCAAUCGUUGGUUAGAAUUAUUAGAAAAACAAAGACCAAUUUUAGCUUGUAAUAUGUGUUGCAAAUCUGGCACGUUUGCAUUUUUUCUAUUUGCAGAUUGCAGCGUAUGGAUAACAGUUGCAAUGACAUUCGAACGAUACAUAGCUGUUUCUCAACCGCUUCGUGCUAGCCAAAUUUGCACUAUAAAAAGAGCACGUUACAUUCUUUUAAAUAUUUUUAUGGUAUUCUUUUUAAUCAACGUACAUUUUUUAUGGACAUUUCAUUUAUCAUCAACCGAGUUUCAUUGCAUACCCUUGAAUCAAGAGUCUGUGUUUCUAAAAUAUUUUACAUGGUUUGAUUCAUUCAAAUAUUCAUUUUGUCCGUUUACGUUAUUAAUAACAUUGAAUAUAUUAAUUAUAAAGAGUUUAUUAAAUGCUCGAAAUAAAAAUAAAUUAUUGGAACAACAAACAACAAGUACUUCUAAUAAUAAUAAUAAUAAUAAUAAUAACAUAAAUAGUAAAACAUCUUCAAUAUCAUCGUCGUCGACAUCAACAACGAAUAGUGGAAAUGUAUUAAUAAAAAAACUUCAAAAAAAACAAUACCAACAUUUAUCAACAAAAGCAUUAGCAUAUCGACGUGUCAAUCGUCGAUUAACAACCAUGCUAUUAACUGUAUCAUUUGCAUUUUGCAUUUGUUCAAUGCCUAUAUCAAUCAUGCAAUUAAUUGAUGCCAUCUAUUCUGAUAUAGGACAACGUUCAAAGCAAAUGAACAUUGCUAUUACUAUAGGAAAAAUCGUAGCCGAAAUUUCUCAAUAUGUAAAUCAUUCUUCGAACUUUUUUCUGUAUGCUUUUACGGGCCGAAUAUUUCGCCAUGAACUCUGGCGAUUAUUUACUUGUUCUCGCUAUAGAUUCUUUUCUACAUCAUCACAACGUUUAAGACAUCGAGCAAAAAAAAUGAUGUCCUUUCAUAAUCCAACACAAGGUUUACAUGAACACUUUUAUUCGCAUGGCCGAUGUCAUACAAAAAUAGUUAUUGCACCUAAACAUUUGUUAAAAACGCCAGACAAUGAUCAUUAUCGAGAAAGUAUUUCUAGUACUUAUUCAUUUUCGCAUAUGCCUGUAACAAAACAAAGUUUACAAUAUCAAAAUGAGAAGUUUCUAACGUUACAUCAUCAUCUACCAAUUUCUAAACGUUCAAUAUCGGUAACACGGACGACAUCAGUUAUGCUACCGGAUUCACCAUCAGUAUGCGUCCGACAAAGAACUGCGCUUGUUUCAUUUGUUGAAAAAAUAAAAGAUGAUCAAACAACACCUUUGUUUUGUUCAUCAACUAAAUUUCAAACUAUUAAACCUUAUGGCCUAACUGAUACGACGCCGAGUUCAAUGUAA